UAUCUGGAAAGAAUGUGGCGAGCGAGGUGUAGGGAUCAUUAACGAAGAGAAAUGCUACUUUUGUUUCUUUCUUUUUUUUCUGUUUUGUCUUUUUUGUCCUCUACAGGAGCAGCCGAUCCAAGGGCCUGGCUCUGGAGCGAUCCCGAGCCACCUGUAGCAUCAAGAUCAAGAUUUACUAAGAUCAAGAUCUAGAUGUAAACAAAGGUCUUUUUGCUCUCCAUUUCCUUGCUCUAGCUAUGAGAUAAAAACCAAAACAUAGUUAUCAGUUGUCACGUUGUUGACCGGUUGUCGUUAUUUUUCUUCCUGCUUUACGAGAAGGAAACAGUGUCACCGAAUGUCGACUCUUCCAGUUAAACGUCCGGACUGGUGGACAACCAACAGGAUCUGUGGGAAUGCAGGGUCUUGAGUCUAGUAAUUCCAAAGAGCGGUGUCCGUUGUCCAGGGAUGCAAGCGUUGGUGCACCAGGUUUCUACAGGCACUUGAGGCCAGUCCAAUACCAAGACAGACCACAUAGGAUAUGCUGAUCAUCCUGACCUAACCAGCAAUGAAUCAGUUGUGAACAAUGGAUGGGUUGACUGAAGCAGUGAACACAACUCAUCACAGGGGCAAUACCCAACAAUCACAUGAUAUUUGUUCUAAGAUGCCAAUACUGUGCAUGUGCAUGUAGCUCAAAGCAGCACCAGCUGCAGAUCUGUUACACAGCAGCCUACAUAUUAUUGCUGUUUGUGGGUGCAUCAUCCUAUUACAACAAGAAUGGAAAAUUUAGAGAAGUAUAAGUGUGCAAGGUGUGAAGUAAUCCUGCCAAGCAAAAGCCACCUCAUUCAGCACUCACUUUCACACAUUGGUGUAACAGUGCAUAUGUGCCAGCACUGUGAUCAACUCUUCCUGAGUGCCAAUGAUCUGGUGAAACACAGCUUGACCCACGCAAGCAAACAUGAAUGCCGGAUGUGUGGCAAAGAAUUCACCCGUCGCAGUAAUCUGAAUCAACAUAUGUACAUUCACAAUGGUGAAAAAAGACAUGUAUGUAAGAUAUGUGGCAAAGGUUUUAAUCAGAAAGGCAACCUUAUUAAUCACUGGAAUAGUACACACACUGAUGUCAAGUACCAUUGUGGGGAGUGUGGGAAGGCAUUCCACCGCAAGGACAGCCUGGAUAAGCACAUGAACAUCCACACUGGGGAAAAAAUCUAUCGUUGUUUUGUGUGUGAUAAAUCAUUUCACCAAAAAGCUUACCUAACCAGUCAUCUGAACAGCCAUAGUAGUGUAACAAAGUACAAAUGUGACGAGUGUGGUAAAGGGUUUUCAUACAAAACCAGCCUAAACAGACACAUGAACAUGCAUGCUAAUAUCAAGAACUUCAGAUGUGACAAGUGUGAUAAGACAUUUACCCGUAAAAGUCACCUCCUGGAACACAUAAACAGCCACAGUGGCUUAACAUUCAACUGUGACAAGUGUGAUAAAACAUUCACCUAUAAAAGCAGUCUGCGUAACCAUCUUUUGACUCAUGAUACGUCCCUGGAAAGCAAACAUAGGUGUAUUUUGUGUGGCAAGGCUUUUACUCACAAAACAAGCCUGACUCGGCAUAUGGACACACACUCUGGGGUAAAAAAUUUUGAGUGCGACGAGUGUGGGAAGACCUUCUCACGGAAGAGUCAUUUACAAGAACACAAGAACAGUCAUUUAGGCAUAAGUUUUGACUGUGACAAAUGCAAGAAAAGUUUUGCUCAUAAGAGCAGUCUUAAGACACAUAUGAACACACACCAUGGAAGCCUAAGUGCGGAAGGUGGUGGUAACAGUCUUGCACGUAUCCACAGCAUGGAAAGUGCAGAAAGUGAUAUUAAUGAGCCUAUAAAUACAAACACCACUUAGAUUUAUACUGUAGAAAAAGUACCACCAACAGGUUUAGUAAUUUUAAUCCUACAUUCAAGCACAAAUGUAGAACAGUAUUUAUGAAUAUGAACAAUUUUUUUUUUUGCAAAAUUUCUUGUGAGCUUACAGUUUUAUGUGAAUGAAGCAUUGUAUAAUACAGGUCUUACUAGUUAAAGGAUAUGUAUUAGAAGCUAAGACCUGUGAACAGUUGUAUUAGAAGCUGAAAACACAAGGGCAGCUGUGUUGCAAGUCAAAGGACAUUUGGAUGUUUGUGUUGCAAAUUAAAUAGUUAAUUGGAUAAGAAUAUGAUCACAUAAUAAUGUUAUUUUAUGACAAUUUACAUGUUUAUAAACAAAUAUCAACACCAUGAUAACAAUAGUAAAGAAAUUAAUAAGGUAUUGAUAAUUGAAAUAAUGAGAACAUUACGUAUUAUACUAUUAUCUUAGAAAGACAUUUUUACUCAUAAUAAGAGGAGCAGCUUUGAAUUUAAGACAAAUAGUAUGUAGCACUAGCUACAUGUUAUAUAUAUAUGUGACCACUAUCAAUAGUAUAAUAAGGAUAGCAUCCUCUCAUAAUGUUAUUUGUAAUAAAGUCAGUAGCCCAA